GUUUCAGUUUCGAACCGGCUUUCUACGACAUCGGAUUGGAAUCGCGGAGCGACUGAGUCGCCGGGCAUUAAUGUGAUAUAGCCGCCUGCCCACCAGGCUAAACGGAAUAAAAAAGUAUAGAAAAACACCAAAAACCCAAAGCCCAAAACCCAAUUCUCGCAUUAUUUUAUGGGGCAGUGAGAAUUACGAGAGUGUGUGCACAAAAUACGAAUUUUUCUUACCUAACCGCCUGAGAUAAUCUCAGGCUGGCAUUGUGUUUAAGUCCCCCCAAUAAAACCCCAAAAAGCCGAAAGCUUCAAGUGUUAAACAUAAUAAAAAGAAGAAGCGUGUUUUUGCUUUUAGGCAAAUUAAAGUUGAAUUACGUGAAAGACUGAAGGCCAUUCAAGGGUUGUUCAAAGGAAAAUUCGGCAUUUGGCCUGGUGAAAAUUCACGGUGUGUGUGUACGGGUGUGUGUGUGUGCGCGUUGCGUGAGAAAAAUCAAUUCUGCAUUUGGUGGAAAACCGGUGGAGAGAAGAGAAGUGGAGUGGCUGGAAAAAAAAGGACCAAACUCAAGUCUGCGAAAAACUGUCGUAACCGAUGACAAUUUGGCUUGACGAGGGUCUAUUAGCGAAAUCAAUGCCAUUAUGGCUGAUAGUGGAGGACCAGGAUCCAUAGAUGCCGGCGGGGGAGGAGCAACUGGGGCAGGAGCAGGAGCAGGAGGCGCAGGCGAUGACGUGCCACCAGUUCCAGCUGUUCGCCGCCGUCGUGCGCAUGAGCACAAAUCCUCGAGAGAACAUUUGCAGGAGGAGGAGGUUCGGGGCGGGGAGAGCCAACAGCUGGAGACGUCGACGGUGACGAGGACGUACAUGAAGACCAUCACCACCUCCCUGACCACCUCGAGCAGCUCCAACGUGGAGGAGUUCGUCCUGCAGGAGCCGAGUCCUUCGCCCAAUCAGCAAAGGUUGCGGCAAAAGGUGGCCCAGUACGAGAAGGUCUGGUCGGAUGGCUCCAAUCCAGGGAAGCGACCCGCUGACCAGAGUUCCGACGAACUGCGUCUGGGCGACGACCAGGAUGAGUACGAUGCCGAGAAUCCCUUCGAGAUAGAUGUCCAUGAGAUCGAGAGGAGACUGCGUCAGGAGAGGCAACGUGGAUUGGCCGAGGCGGAGGCAGCCAAGCUGGCCUUCCAGCAGGUCCAACUGAGGCACACCACUCCUCCCCGUCGCGUCGAGGUCACCAGUGACCAGGUGGCGAGUCCCUUCAAUGUAACUCUACGCACCACAAGUCGCAUGAGUCCGGGUGCCGAGCAGGGCAAUGUGGAGGAGCACCUGGCGCCGUUCAACGUGACCCUUCGCACCACUCGGCGGAGCAAGAAGAAGGAGAUCCGGGAACUGGAGAGCUUCCUCGACGGAGAGCGCACGGUGAGGGAGGUGCCGUCGGCGGACGGCGUAAGGACCAUCAUCACCUCCUCGAUGACCAGCGACGGUGGCUACGCGGAGGAGAAGAUCUACCGCCACGGCGAGGGCUACGUUUCUCCGAGGGAUUCGCCCUCCUGGUCGCGGUCCAGCUACUCCAGCGAGCGGUCCAGUGUGACGCCGCCGAGGAGCGUGGACCUGACCGCCGGCGGACGGAGGAUACUGAUCAAGCUGGAGCAGGAGAGCGAACUAACCGAGGCGGACGGCCGGCAAAGGGACGAAAUCGACUCGUCGUCGUUGGGUCGGCAGGAAGUGGCCAUGGCAACCGGCAACAUUGACAUUACCGUCGGCGGUAGCAACCCCCGCCGGCGUUUGUACCAGCAAACAACCGUCCAAAUGGGCGGAGGUGGAGGCGAGUCGACACCCCAAAGACCGAGGGAACUGGUUUUGGGCAGCACUACGAAGACAAUGCUAACAUCCACGCCAAUUGGCACGAAGGAGCAACCGCAGUCGCAGGCGCAGGCGGUGGGUCCGAGAACCCAAGUUGUUAGUCCAGCUGCAACGUGCCAAUUGCGCGGUUCUUCGACGGAAGAGCCCCGGAAAAUUGUAAGCCACAAAACGAUAACGACCAAGUCCACUUCAUCCACUUCCUCGUCCACCUCCACGUCGCGCAAAUUAAUCGAAACCUCGUCGUCGGUAGUCGGAAAUAUCUCGGAGAUAAGUACGGGAAAACUCAGCGCCGGUGACAACGAAUUUGAAAUUGAUAACGAUUCGGAUACGGAGGGCAGACCGGCGAGUAGUAUAGUGAUUGUGUCCACGCCCACGCGACCCACCACACCGGCAUCCGCAUCCGCAUCCGUGUUCUUAACCCCAUCCGCAACCCCAUCCGCAUCCGCAUCCGCAUCCGUAUCCGUAACCGGAUCCACGUCAGCUGCCCACGCCCUCAGUGGCAUCGGCACUUUCAGCAAGAGUCUGCGUCAGGAUUAUCAGACUCUGGCAACGCAAAGUGGCCGCAGCAACGAAUCACCCAGCGACCAGGAAUACCAGGAGUUCCAGUCCACCAUGGCGUCCAUCAACUACGCCCGCAGCAAUUCCCAGUACGACAGCCAUAUCAAGGAGAAACGAGAGGAGCAAGAACGUGUGCAGAAGAAGACAUUCACUAAUUGGAUUAAUUCAUACCUUUUGAAGCGUGUUCCACCGCUUCGCAUCGAUGAUUUAAUCAAUGACUUACGCGAUGGUACGAAACUAAUUGCAUUACUCGAAGUUCUGUCCGGCGAACGUUUGCCCGUGGAGAAGGGCCGCGUCCUGCGACGUCCACAUUUCCUGAGCAAUGCCAACACGGCCCUGCAGUUUCUGGCCAGCAAACGGAUCAAGUUGGUCAAUAUUAAUCCCGCAGAUCUGGUGGAUGGGAGACCACCAGUUGUGUUGGGCUUGAUAUGGACGAUCAUCUUGUACUUCCAGAUCGAGGAGAACAGCCGCAACCUAGAGUAUUUGGGUCAUGGUAUUGGCGGUUCGGUUAGUUCCCUCGAUAGUGUUGGCAACCAGAAGCACGGCGACCUUAAGGCUGAGAAGUGGAAGCAGGGUGCCAGGAAGACCCUGCUCAACUGGGUGACCAAUGCCUUGCCAAAAGACAGUGGUGUGGAGGUGAAGGAUUUCGGCGCCAGCUGGAGAGAUGGCGUCGCCUUCCUCGCUCUCAUCGAUGCCAUCAAGGCGAACCUGGUCAACUUGGCUGAGCUGAAGAAGACCAGCAACCGUCAGCGUCUGGAGACUGCUUUCGAUGUGGCCGAAAGCAAGUUGGGCAUUGCCAAGCUCCUGGACGCUGAGGAUGUGGACGUACCCAAGCCGGACGAGAAGAGUAUCAUGACAUAUGUGGCGCAAUUUUUGCACAAGUAUCCCGAACCAAAGGGUGCUUCCCGCGAUCAAUCGCAUGCGCAGCAGGAAGCCGACGAACUGCGUCGCUUCCUGGUGGAGAAGACCACCGAGUACGAGCCCAUGGUCAUGAUGAGCUCGUUCCCACGCGAUUUCAGUGAAUAUUUAUUAGCACGUUCUGAAGUCGAUGCCCAUUUGGCCGCGUAUAACCGCUUGAAACAGCUGGUGGAGAGCCAGAGCGGUUUCCUGCAGGUCUCCCGCCAAUCCUGGGAGGAGAUCAACGAGCUGUGGCAGCGCCUCCAGUACCAGAUGAUGUACUGGCUCUGGCUGCUGGACUCUGAGCUGCCCGGCGACUUCGGCACCGUUGGCAAAUGGUUAGCCGAAGCGGAGAAACUAUUAAUGGACAAUGAUAUACCGAAUGCAAUGAAUGAGGAGACGGCCGCCGUGAUCAGCAGGAAGCUGGAGGAGCACAAGCUCUUCUUCGCCGAUCUGCCACGCAUUCUGGCCAUGUUCGAUAAUGCCAAGCGAUCCCCGUUGGCGCAGCAGAUUCCCCUGGAGCAGUUGCGCAACAUGGAGCGCCGUCUUCAGGAGGUUGGACCCAAGGCAGCGGAGCGCAGGAUUCGAUUGAAGUUCCUGGAGCACAAGUGCUGUCUGAUUGCCUUCCUGAACCUUGUGGAGAACAAGAUGCGCGGCUGGACCGGCAAGUACGGGCAGGAGGAGAAGGUGGCCCAGCAGCUGGAGCAGUACAAGAACUUUGUGUCGCGCAACAAGAUCUUCCAGGAGUUCCAGAAGGCCUUCGUCGAUAUGCAACAGGUGGUCGAUGAGUACAAACGCGAGGGAAAUGUUCCGCGCAAGGAGAUCAACGAGAUCGAUCGCUUUAUGUACGAAACCGAGGAGCGCUGGAAGCGCGUUUCCAUGGAGCUGAAGUGCUGCCAGAACUCCCUGGAGGAAGUGGUCAACUGCUGGCGUAGCUGGAACCAAUUGGCGCCCACCUGCGAGGAGUGGCUUCUGCUGGCCGAGCAGAAGAUCAACCAGAGCGAGGACGAGCGUCUGGACUUCUUCCAGGACAUCCCGGUGUGGAAGGACAAGUUCGAUGCCCUCGCCAAUUCUGCAAAUUAUUUGAUUGCCUCCUGCGAGGAGCCCAUUGCCCAGCAGCUGCGUCAGCGGCAUGGAGCUCUCUCUGAGCGAUUUGAGCGACUGUUUGCCAACACCAAGCAGUACAUGCAUGCUGGAGACAUCAUCCGUUCCCGCCAGGAGUACAAAUCGGGCAUUGAACAGCUCUCCAGAUGGUUGCGCGGAGCUGAAAGCGUUCUGGAUCAGAGGCAAGUCCUCGGCAACAGUGAGCAAAUCAAGCAGUACGGCCAGCAGUUGCAGAAACUGGCCAGUGAAAUCGAUGACAAUGAGGAGUUGUUCAAGACAAUCAGCAGGAAUUUCCAAUCCUUGAUUCAGGAUCUUUCGCGUGACGAAGUGGACAAGAUGAUGAAGCUCCUGAAGCAGGAGAAGGAAUCACUGGUGCGCAUUCGCGCCCAGUUGCCUGCCAAGCUGCAUCUGUUCCACCAACUGCAGAUCCAGCAGGAAUCCCUGGAGGCUGGCCAAAAGGAGAUCCAUCAGUGGUUGAGCGAGGCCGAACAGCUUCUGGGAACCCACAAUCUCUCCGGCGGCCGUGACUCCAUCAACGAGCAACUGCAGAAGCACAAGACCUACUUCUCGCGCACCGUCUACUAUCGAUCGAUGCUGGAGAGCAAGAACAAGGUGUUCCAGAACCUUCUAAAGGCGGUGUCCGCUGAUGACAAGAUCGACACCGCUCCGGCAUCGCAGCAAAUGCAGCAGCUGAACGAUCGCUUCAACUAUGUGAUCCAGAAUGCCCAGCAGUGGGAGCAGCGCUUGGACUCCGCCGCCGGCGGAUGGAGCAACUUCAAGGACAACGAACGAGUGGUCAGCGAAUGGCUCACCCAGGCGGAGUCCAUGCUGGUGGAGAAGCACAUCGAGUCGAAGACCACCACUGAGACGCAGAAGUACUUCUUCGAGCAGGUCAACGAUCGCUGGAUGAACGAUCUGGUGCAGUCGGCUCAGCAACUCCUGACCACUCUGCCCGCCCAGGAGCAACCUGCGGUGGUCCACAGCGUGGAGCAGUUGCAAUCCCGCUGGAAGAAUGUCUUGUCUCAGGCUCCGUUGCACCUGCUGAAACUGGAGUUCCGACUGGACGAGAAUGCCUUCUAUCAGUCCCUGAAAGAUGUCGAGAAGGAGUUGCAGCUGGAGCAGCAGGCUCUCAAUCGCAACGAGGACGUGGACUCCAUUCUGCAGCGCAACCAGCAGUUCCUCUUGCAACAGGACGCCGUUCCUCGCCUGGAGCGUUGCCUUCAGAACAUGCAACGCUUGGCUCAGGCCCACAGGCAGCAGCAACCCGGUGACAUCAGUCUUGAUCAGGCCUACGACAAUGCCAAAUCCCAGUGGCAACUGUUGUCCAACAAACUGGGCGACAUGCGCCAGACCCUCCAGCAAAUCCCGGCCCAAUGGCAGGGUUAUCACCUGAAAUUCAACGACAUGGUCAACUGGAUGAACGGCGUGGAUCAGAGUCUGAAGAACAUUGUCAAUGAAGUGAACACCAUGGAGGAAUUCGAAAAGGAGAAAGUUGUCUUCCAGAAAAUCUGCCAAGAUGCUGACAACAAACGCGAGGAUAUGAAGUGGCUGGUCAAGACCUUGGACUCUCUGCUCAGUUACGCCACCGAAGAUGAGGCGAAUCUGGAACAGAAGAAGCUGGAGGACCUGAUUGCUCGCUACAAGAACCUGAUACCCACAAUUGAGAUUACGAUGGUCAAGACGGAGGUGUUCUCCAAGUGCUACACCUACCGACGCGAAGUCCACGAGGUUGUGUGUCUGCUGAGCAAGGUCAAGGAUCAGACGGCCAAUAUCCCAGCUCCCGACAGCCUGGAACGUGUCAAUCGCCUGAUUGAAGAGCAGCAGUACGCCAUCAAUCAGCUGGAUCACCAGCGUCCGCACAUCAUGUCCAUGCUGCAGAGAGGACGUGAUCUUGUCAAGGAUGUCCAUGCCCCAGCCUUUGUGAACGCUGAGGUCAAGAAUCUGGAGACGGGAUGGAAUCAGGCCUACACCGAAACCUCGGACAAACUGCAGGCCUUGAAGGGCACCCAGGCUGUUUGGAGCGAGUUCGUGGACCAGAAGAACGACAUCUUCUCCAUGCUGCAAACGGCGGAGACGGAGCUCCGUUCCCUGACGCCCCUGCAAACCGAUCCCAAGAACGUCAGCCAGGAUCUGAAGUCGAAGAGGGAUCUCAAUGUGCAACUGCAGCAGGCUUCCCACCAACUGCUGCCCAAGUUGCAUGCCCUCAAAUCGGAACUCGCUCCUCUGGCGGCGGCCGACAAGCGCCCCAUUCUGGAGAAGGAGGUGACCGAGGUGGAGAAGAUGUUCUUCAACACCAUGGAGCACGUGAAGGAUCGCGUCGGCUACCUAGAGGACUACAGUGCCAAGUGGAACAACUACAAGACCCGCCUCGCCGAACUGCAGGAGUGGGCCAACAAGGUGGCGCCUAAGAACAUCGAAGCCCUCCAGUCCGAGGAUCUGACGCCGGAGGAGCGGGUGGUCAAGGUGCAGGCCUUCAAGCGCAUCCUCGGGGAUCGCAUGAAGCAGCUGGACCUCUUGGCCGCCGACGCCUCCGAGUUGGCUCCCAAGGAGGGCAACAUUGCCGAGGCCAAGCGACUGAAGGGCGAGAUCACCAAGCUGCAGGAGGUGCUCAGCGCCAUCAAUCGCAACGUGGACCACCAGGCACAGGCCGUGCAGGAAGAUCUGGUCAACUGGCAGCAGUUCCAGGCCGGUCUGCAGCAGAUCAAGCCAGCCGUGGAGCAGAGCGAAGUCAAGGUAAAUAAUGUAGUUUCUAAGCCCAUCUCCCUCGAAGAAGCCGUUGCCAUGCAACAGAAUGCCCAACAAUUCGAGACACAGUGCCAGGAGCAAUUGGACAAGCUCCAUGGCAUAUCAAACAUCAGUCAUAAAAUGUUAUGUAAGACCAAUGCCCCCGACGAAUUGGAUGCCAUGCACUCCCGCUGGACUGCCGUCCAUGAGAAUGCAAAGCAGGCGAGCGCCAAGCUCGAGAAGUUGGUGGCCAAUUGGAAGUCAUUCGACGCCGAUGCCGCCAAGCUCGAGGAUUGGGUUGGCCAGGGCGAGCAGCUGAUGUCCAAGCGACCGGCUGUCUUGAACACCCCGCACAUUGACAAGCUCGAAAAGGAGCUGGUCAAGCUAAAGUCCUUCAACAACGAGAUCUCGCAGCAGCAGGCCAAGCUCGUCACUCUGGGUCAGAAUGCCGAUCAAAUUAGCCUGCACUUGGCACCAGAAGGUGCCGCUGCUCUGAAGGAUCGCGUCAACCAGAUGAAGGGCAAGCUGCAGAAGCUAUCAGAGGCCACGCGCGGCAACAUCAACGAGGUUUCCGAUGCCAUCAUUUCGCGGCAGGACUUCAAUGCCAAGCUGGUUAACUUCUCGAACUGGAUGGAGCAACUGCGCAACCAGGUCACCCAAGUGGAGGAGAUCAAUCCGGAGCGUGUGGAGACAAGUCUCCAUGUUAUCCACGCCUUGCUUCAGGAACAUGCCGACAAGAAGCCAAGCUUCAAUGCCAUCUACGAUGAAGUGAAGCAAUUGGCCUUGGGAGCCACUCCCGAGGAGUCGAAUGCCCUGAAUGAUGCCUACACCGCUUUGGUGGUUAACUAUCAGAACCUGGAGACCAACAUGCUGCAGAAGAAGGCCGCUCUGGAGAAGUGGACUGAACUGCUGGGCUGGAAGAACGAUACGGAGUCGCAUUUGAACUAUCUUAAACACCAGCUAGACAAACCAGAAGGACCCGCUGCCGAGGAACUGACUAAGGUAAUCGAUGAGAUCGAUAACUUGGGUCAGGGCAUUGGCUACUGGAAGGGUCAGGCCAAGGAGAUCGAUGAAAACCCAGCCAUUCAAUUGAGAGAUGCUUUGUCCCGUCGACCACUGAUUGCCACUCAAAUCGUUAACGAUGUCGAGAACAAGUUGGAGAACUUGAAGCUGCGAUCGCAGAACCAGCAGCAGCAAAUCCAGCAGAUGACCGUUCGCAAAGAUAAGUUCCAUGCUCUGGAACACAACUUCGGUCAGGCUCUGCAAGAGAAUCGCGCCAAGCUGGAUGAGAUCCUUAAACAGCAUCCCACGUUGAACAACAUCGAUCAGAUCAUCGCCGAUUUGGUGGCUCUGAAUGAUGCCUUGAAGUACCAGGCGGAUCUAAAGAAUCGCAUUCACGACGAAGGUUCUCUGCUGAUGCGUGAAGAUAUUGCCAGCAUGCCUGCCAUUCAGGAGAGCCUCCUCAUCAUGGAUAAGAACUACGAUUCCCUUCAGAACGAAAUUGCCGAUCGCAUUCAGAAAUACAACUUGAUCAGCCAGGCGUUGAGGGAAUACGCUGACUCCAAGGAUAAGUUCUCCAAGGAGCUGAAGAAGGCAGAAGACUUGUUCAAUGCCAUUCCCCAACAGCCACGCGAUGAAACUGAACUGCAUCAGGCUUCCGAGAAGACCAGAAAGACCAUGGAACAGUUGCGCAAAUCCAAGCUCAGCUUGGAUGAACUGGAGCGACGUGGCAGCAAUGUGGGAAAACUUUUCAGUGCCAUUGGAGAGCCAAUUCCACAGGAAGUCCCACAAGAGGUAGCCACUGCCAAGCAAACCUGGCAGGAUCUGCACGACAAGACAGCCAAGAAUGCCCAUGUCUACGAAACCGAAGCGGUUAUUUGGUCGCAGAUUGAAGAUGCCAAGAAGGAUCUGCUUCCCUGGUUGUCCGAAACAAACCAGGGACUCUGCGAUGCUGCUGAUAACUCCAUCGAAAUCGAGUUUGGUCCUAUGCGUCUGAGCAAAUAUCGCACGGAGUUGCCUUCCUAUCAGGCUCUGAAGGAUUCGAUUGUGGAGAAGACCAAUGACUUGGUGAAGAUUAACAAAGGUGCAGAGAUUCCAGCUCUGUCCGCUCUCAACAAACUCUUGACUGAGCAGUUCGCUGAAGUGAGCAACAAUGCUGAUCGCCUAAGUGCUGUUACCACUUCGUUUAAUGAUCAGGAACAAGAGUUGCGCAAACGCUCCAAGGAAGCUGGCGAAAAGGUGAGCAAACUCCGUGAGCAGUUGAUCAAAUGCGAUGACAUGUCUGGUGAUAACAAUAAGAUCAUGGAACGUCUACUGCAAUGCCGAGCCUUGCGUGGUGAACUGGACAACAGCGGAAACGAGAUCGAUAACAUUAAACAGAAGGUCGAUGAGCUGCGUAAUCUGUAUCCCACUUUCAGUGAGUCCAUCAUACCCAAAGAACUGAACAAUGUGCAGAAACGCUAUGAGAACGUAGAUCUGUAUGCCAAGAAGAUCGAGAGCUCCCUGCUGCAGUUCCUUAAGAAGUUCCACGCCGAUAAAGUGGGCAUGCUGAAGCGCAUCAUUGCCACCCAACGCGAAAAGGUUGCCUGGUGUCAGCCGGAGUCGUCUAGUGACAAAUACAACCUGGAUGUGAAGAAGUCCUCGCUUCAGGAGGUCAGCAAGAGCAUUGAUGAUUGCAAGGCACGACAUGCCGAGACCCUUAAGUCCCUAGAAAUGCUGAAGGCUGUGGAAUCGCCACAAAAUCUAGCCGAACUUACCAACGAUGCUGAGUUGCUUCGCAAGGACAUGCAGGCUCUGCAGGACAGCUUCGACAAAAUCAAGGGAAUCCUCGACGAGAACGUGGACUUGUGGUCGCAGUACGAGCAAUCGAACGAGCAGAUUUCCAACUGGUUGCGUGACGUUGAAGGACGUGUCAAGGCGGAGACCAGCAGCCAAGUUAAUCUACCCGAGGUGCCACAGAAGCUGCAGGAGUUGUCCAUACUCCAACAGGAUGUGCUGGCUCACGAACCCAUUAUCAACAACCUCGAGCAGACAUCCCAACAGCUGAUUGAAAAGAAUCCAGAGGCAAGAAUUGGACAGUUUGUCACUCAUUUAGUGCAGCGUUAUCAGGCAGUUUCUAAAGCUCUGAAUGGUUACAUCGAUAAGAUCCGGGGUGCUCAGUUGUCGAAUGCCAACUUUGCCAAGGCAGCCAAGGACUUCAACGAAUGGUUCGGAGAUGCCAAGAUCGAGUUCCAAGAACUGGCUCGCAUGGGAUCGCCGGGAUCUUCUUCGGCCACAGCUCAACAACUGCAGACCGUCAAGAACUACAUCAAGACCUUCGACAAUGGUCAGGUUCUGCUGAACAACGCUGUGGACAUUGGCGAAGCCUUGUAUCCAGUUGUUUCCCAGAACCGCGAACGGAUCCGUUCUGAUCUUCGCCAAAUGCGGGAGAAAUUCGAUUAUCUGCGGGAUGAGGCGAAUGCUUUCAUGCAGCAGGUUGAGGGUGUGCUGAUCCAGAAGACCUCCAUCGAGGAAAGCUACACUCAGGUUUCGCACUACCUCAACGAAUCGAAGGCCAAGGUUCCCGCCGGGGACGAACUGUACCCAACUUUGCCCACCAAGAAGGCUGCUCUCCAGAACUACAAGACCCAGCUCCAGGAGAUCACCCUUCACAAGAACGCUCUGAAGCAAUUGCACGACAAGGCUGUCACCCUUUGCGAUGAUGAGUCAGAGCGAAAGACCGACGAAUCCAUCCAGGAGUACAACACCCUCUCAAAGAAGAUAUCCGAUAGGAUCACAACCGUGGGUAAUCAUGUGGUCAAGCACGAGGCCUACGAUCAGGUGUUGGAAAAGGCACAAGACUGGUUGAACACCAUCAAAUCCGAAGCCAUUGAUAUUCUCAACGAGACUACGUUUGAGAAGGAGGGUGCCGAGGAGAAGCUGCUUGUGGUGGAGAAUCUAUUGCAGCACAAACCAGAGGGAGAUUCCAUUUUCGAUACCUGCCACAAGUUGUUGGAAACGGUGCUCACACAAACCCAUCCAAGUGGCCAUCCUGCGUUGCUCAAGGGCUUCGAGGAGCCAAAACAAUCCUGGGAGGACUUCAUGACUCUGUGUCAGGAUUCGUUGGUUAAACUGAAGCAGCUCUGCUCCAAAUGGGAUGAGUUCGAUACAAUUAUUGAAGAGCUCGACAACUGGAUGAAGAACGUGGAGGCUGUUGUGAAGAAUCAGAAUCUUAAGAGCACAGCGGAUGCCAAGAAUGCCCAUUUGAAGCAGUUGCAAGAAAUCGCCAAGGAAAUCGAACGCCGUGGCUCGGCAAUCAAUGAGCUGAUGGAUCAAGGUCGUGAAAUCGAGGGUGAAACCGAUUUGAACCUGAAGUUGUCCCGCCUGAAUACUCGCUAUCAGACCCUAAAAAAUUUGUGCAAGGAGUCGAUAGCCAAGUACGUGAACUAUGUGAAGGAUCACGAGAGCUUCGACAAAGACUUUGAUGCCUUCAAGCAGAGUCUUCAGUCCUCGGUUGACGAGCUGGCCAAGACCAAUGAAAUUACCGGAGAUCAGAGUGUUCUGCAGGAUCAGCAGAACAAACUGCGUGAGAUGUCAGAUAAGCGCAUUUCGGACUCCACUCUUUUCGAGGGUCUCAUCGAUCGUGGCGAGAAGCUUUAUGGACACACCAGUCCGGAAGGCCGUGAAAUCAUUCGACAGCAGCUGCGUGCUCUUCGCACUCUGUGGGACAACUACACAGAUGACUUGAACUCGGCCACCCAGAAGAUUGAUCAGUGCCUGCUGCAGUUCAACGAGUUCAGCAUUGCCCAGGAUCAGCUCACCAAGUGGCUGAAGGACGUGGACAAGGCCAUGCAGAGCCACACCGAACCGAAGACGACUCUGCAGGAGAAGCGUGCUCAACUGCAGAACCACAAGCUCCUCCAUCAGGAAAUCACCACGCACAAUGUUCUGGUUGAUAAUGUCUGCGACAAGGCUCAGAUAUUGGUGGAUCAGAUCAAGGAUAACUCGUUGAAUGUCUACUUGGCCUCGAUCAAACAACUUUUCCAGAGCAUCGUCCAAAAGUCCGAUGAGAUCCUGCACAAUCUGGAGGAUUGUGUCCAGAAGCAUAAUGAAUUGAACAAUGCCUUGUCCUCCGCCAAGACUUGGAUCUCCAACGAGAAGGCCAAGCUACUGGAGUGCGAUGAUGCUUAUGGCGAGAAGGCUGACAUUAAGCGAAAGAUCGAGACUUUGGGUCAGUUGGCUCAGAACAAACCACAGGCUUUGAAAUUGAUCAGCGAUAUUCGUGAACUGUUUGAAAAGGUGAAAGCCACGACCUCCGAAAAGGGCAACGAAGUGCUCGACAAGGAGAUCGAGGAGUUGGAAACCACCAUGAAGAGCCACUUUGAUGACAUCGAGGGCAUCGAAGGCAAGCAGAAGGACGUGCUUGCCCAAUGGGAUAAGUUCGAAAAGGUUCUCGAAGAGCUGACCAAGUGGUGUCGCGAGGCGGAGGCUGUUUUCCGGGAGCAGCAGCUGAAGUCCACUCUCCACGAGAAAGUGGAGCAGCUGGAGAAGUACAAGAUCCAAAGGGAGUUGAUUCUCCAAAAGGAGAAGGAGAUCGAUGCCUUUGGAGAUGCUGCUCAUGCUUUGCUCAACAACUGUGGAGCCGAUCGUCUGAAGACUCUAACCACUCAGAUCACCAAUCGCUAUCAGCUGCUUCAAGUGCUCAGCAAGGAAGUGGUCAACCGCUGGUCCAAUCUCGUGGACGACCACCAGUUCUACCAAGACAAGUACAACGAGGUUGACUUGUGGCUGCAGCCGAUUGAAGCCCAGCUGGAGAAGGUGCUCCUGGAUGAACCCACUCAGAGCUCGAAUAUCCUGCAAGUUCUGCUAUCCGAAAAGGAGCAAGCAGAGAGCUUGUUCGCUGCUCUAAAUGCUGCUGGGGAAAAAGCCCUGCCAGAGACAUCCACUCAGGGAAGGGAGAAGAUUCGCAAGGAUCUGCGAGAUAUCCGCGAUCGUUGGGACAAACUGGACGAGGGCAUUCGCAAUCUGGAGAAACGCCAGGAGGCACAAGGUGUACAGCUCUCCAGCUAUCAGGAUAUUCUCAAUCAAACCGUCAACUGGUUGGAUCAAGUGGAGAAACUGAUUCACAACGAGAACCCUGCCAGCUGGACCAGCGCUCAGGAAAUCCGCUCCAAGUUGUACAAAUACAAAGCCACCAACCAGGACAUCAACUCCCAUAAACGCAUCGUCGAAGCUGUGAAUGAAAAGGCAGCGGCUCUUUUGGGAAGCGCAGCUCCUGCAAAUGCGGAUGAGAUUUCCAAGGCGGUGGCCGAGGUGAACAAGCGAUACGAGCAGGUUGGUCAGGACUGUGCCAAGUUAGUUGCGGAUCUGGACGGAGCAUUCGAUGUGUACCAGCAGUUCAGUGAACUGCAGAAGGCCCAGCAGGACUACCAGAAGAAUCUUUGGGAUCGCCUAACCGGUUACUCCGACUAUUCUGGCAACAAGGCAGCUCUACAGGCGCGUCUUCAAAAGAUCAACGAGAUUCAAGAUGCCUUGCCGGAGGGUGUGGCCAAACUGAAGUCGCUGGAGGAUCACAUCGAGCAACAGGCCAGCAAUAUUCCCGCCCGAUCCAAGGAGGCAAUGGCCCGUGAUCUGGCCAACUUGCAUGCCGACUUCGAGAAGUUUGGUGCUUCUCUGAGCGACGUGAAGAGUGGUCUGGAGAAUCGUCUUCAGCAAUGGAACGAUUACGAGAUCAACUUGGAUCGCCUGAUUAACUGGCUGGGCGAGGCGGAGAACGCUCUGAAGAACUACAACCUGAAAUCCUCGUUCGAGGAGAAGGAGGAGCAGCUCAACCGAUUCCAAUCCCUGGCUCAGAACUUGCGUCAAAACGAAGCUGACUUCGACAAGAUGAAGGACGACACCUCGGAGCUGGUGCAAAGCUCUGGCGAAACCAGGAUUGCUGUCAAUGUGCAGCAGGUAUCCUCGCGAUUCCAAUCGAUUCAGGCCACCGCCAAGGAGAUCCUCAAGAAGUGCGAGCAGGCUGUCCAGGAUCACGGUCACUUCAAUGACAAGUACAAGCAGUGCGCCGAUUGGUUGGCCAAUGCCCAGGCUCGUUACGAUGACUGCUGUGAUCUGUCGAACGUGGCUUCUCGUGACGAUCUCCUGAAGAAGCAAAUUGUCAUCCAGGAGCUCCUGGCACAGCAGCCAACUGCUACUCAGCUGCUCAAUAGCACCGUUGAGCUGGGCGAGAAGUGCUAUGGAUCCACUGCCACCGAGGGACGCGAAGCUAUUCGCAGCCAGCUGGAUGAUCUGACCUUCGAUCAGUUGUUCGACAACAUUGCCAUCACUGCAAGGAAGAUUCAGGACAAGAUUGCCAAGUGGUCUGGCUUCGAUGAGAUUGCUGACAACCUGAAGAGCUGGUUGGACGAAACGGAGAAUGCGCUUCCAGCUGAUAUUGAACUGAAAACAACGCUGGAUGAGAAACGCACCAAGCUGCAGACCUAUCGCGAUAUCCUUAACGAUAUCAACAACCACCAGGUGGAGUUGGGUAAUCUUCAAGAGAUUGCUGCCAAUUUGCCAGAGAAAACGGAUCUGGUGGACCAAAUCCUCAAGGACAUUUCUGAUCGGUUUGGCAAGCUGCAAAAGCGUGCCCAGAAUUACGUGGAGCGGUAUGAAGGCAUUGUUAGUGCCCAUCAGCAGUACUCCAAGGCCGUGAUGGAUGCUCAGGAGUUUAUCGAUGCUACUCUAAAUACGGUUCACUACUGGGGCGAUUUAGAUUUGGAACAGAUCUCACUGCACACAAACCUCGAUCGUCUGAAGAAUCUGAAGGCCAGUUUGGCCGAUGAAUUCCCUCGAGUUGAUCAAGUGAGGGCUUUGGGCGAGAAGGUUAUUCCGGGCACCGUUGAUGUGGGUCAAGUAAACAUUAAGUCCCAGAUCGACAGCACCCAGCAGGAAUGGGAGAGUCUACUGGCCACGAUCAGCUCCACCAUUGAAGCCAUUGAAGCUCGUCUUCAGCAUUGGUCGGAAUACGAACAAUUACGCGACCAAUGUCUGGCCUGGAUUCGUGAUACGGAUAACAACCUGCACGCCAUCGAUCUUAAGGAGGAUCUGCCAAAGAAGCGAGCUCAAUUGGAUGCUCUGAAGGCUCUUCAAGGAGACGUUCGUGCCAAGGAAUUGGAGGUGGACAACGUCACGGAGAAGGCUCAAACCCUGUUGAAGGGUCCCAGCAGCAAUCGUGCUUCGGGUCCCGAGUUGGUGACCAAGUACCAGCAAAUCUUCCACAAGGUCAAGGAGCUCAACAACCGUUGGCAGCAGUAUGUGACUUCCCACGAGGACUUCGACAACGCCAUCUCCGACUGCUCAUCAUGGAUUAAUGACAUCAAGGAGAAGUUGGAUUACUGCUCCGAUAUGUCCUCGAUGAGUCCCAAAGAACUGGAUAAGAAAAUGGCCACUAUUCAGGAUGUAAUCUUGCUGAAGGACGAAGGUUCCGCUCGUGUCUUGAAGAUCCUGGAGCAGGCUCAGCAUGUGUUGGCUAACACUGCUCCGGCAGGACAUGAGGCCAUCAACAAGGAGCUUACAGACCUUCAAGAUCUGUGGUCAGGAAUUGCCUUGCGCAUCAUGGAUGUUAAGUCUAAUCUGGAUGACUCUAUUACUCAAUGGUCUGGUUUCCUGGAUCAAGUGCAGAAUGUUCGAAAGUUCAACGAGUGGUUGGACGGUCUGGUUAAGGAAUUGAGUGAGCAUCAGACAACCAUGUCAGAGAAACGAGCUCAGUUAGAUCGGGUUAAGUCCACUGAAGAGAAGGUCCGCGUGGAGAAGAUCGAUGUGGAUGCCCUCAAGAUCCAAGCCAAGGAAAUGAUUGCCAGCGGCCAACAGAGUCAGGCCGCCUUCCAGGCCCAAAAGGUACUCGAUACCUUCGAUGAACUCUUCGCCAAGACCCAGAAACUGCUGUCAGAUCGUCAAGAUCAGUACAGGGAUCAUAGAUUGUUCAAGGAGGCCUUCGAUGACUUGGCGAGCUGGAUUGGACGCGCCCGCGAGAAGUUCCCUUCGCUGAAACAGAGCAGCUUGAGCGAUAAAUUGGCUAUUGAGAAUGCUGUUCAAGCCACUGAAGCUCUUCUCAACAAACAGGCACAGGGUGAACUUCUGGUGGAACAUCUGGUUCACACGGGAGAAGUUGUACUUGCUAGUACCUCUCCCCAGGGUCAGGAGAUCAUAAGGAAUGACAUCCGAUCAUUGCGUGAUAGUUUCGAAGGUUUGUUCCGUGAAAUCAACCAGCAAAAGGAGAACCUCGAGGUCACCAUGGUGCAGUGGCGAGCUUACAAGGAGGAGUACGAGCGGCUGAUGGAAUGGUUGCAACAGAUCGACAUCCUUGUAAAGAACCACAAGCUGAACCUCUGUCCCAACCUGCCAGAGAAAGAGAAGCAGGUGGCUGAUAUGAAGGAGGUGAUGAAUCGUCUUGAAAAGGGCAAGGAUGAUAUUGAUAAAUUCAAUGCUUCGGCUGCCAGUCUGCUGAAGUCUCACCUGGAUACUUAUGUGAACAACCAGUUGAGGCACUUGGGUUCCGUCUAUCAGGUACAGGUUAAUCUAGCCAAGGAUGUCCUCAAGAAAGUGGAAACCAAUCGAGAUCAGCAUCGCGAAUACGACGCCAAUAUGAAAUCCGCGAAGGAUUGGAUCGCCAAUGCCAAGGCCACAAUUCAGUCGGCAGGCGAGGGAGCUGGCUCUAAGGAGGCUCUCCAGCGACGCCUGGAGCAGAUCCAGGAUCUGAUUCGCAACCGUGAGGUUGGCCAGAACUUGGUCCACACUGCCAUCAAUAAUGGCGAGAAGAUAAUCAGGAACACACGCUCCGAUGGACGCGAUGCAAUCAACAGCGAGAUGAAGGAACUCCAAACGGAAUGGGAUCGCUUGGUCAAGAAAAUGUCCACCGCUAAGGUGCAACUCGAAACGAAUCUGUUGCAAUGGGCGGACUAUAGUUCCAGCUACUCGCAGUUGCAGCAAUGGAUCACCGACAGGGAGGCCAAGUUGCAGCAGGCUUGUGAACAGAAGAUCGUUAAGUCCAAGCGUGGUCAACCAGGUCUUAGCAGUGGCUUGAGCGAACGCAAGGCCAAUCUCCGGCAGACAAACAACAUUGUGCAGGAUAUAGUUUCCUUUGAACCAAUGAUUCAGUCGGUAACAUCCAAGGCAUCUGUUCUGCAGCAAGGUGCUCCGGGCACUGAGAUCUCGGAUAAGUACGAGAACCUCACCAAGCAAGCCAAGGAUCUGUAUGAGAAGCAGAAGAACACCAUCGAGAGCUAUCAGUCUUUGAUUGAUGCCGGAAAUGAAUUCGCUACCUGGCUGAGAAACGCCAAGGAACGGCUAAGCAAGUGCUCUGAACCCACGGGAGAUAAGCAAGCUCUGGCAGAGAAGACCCAUCAGCUGAAGAUUCUGCAGGGAGAGUUGCCAGAAGGAGCUCAGAAACUUAAGAAUGCUUUGGAACAGGGUGAGAUCGCUUGCCGAAGUGCCGAGCCCGAGGAUUGUGAAAUCAUCGAGCAGGAAGUGGCCCUCCUUCAAGAGGAAUUCGAUGCCUACAGGGAAGCCCUCAACAAGGCCAAGGAUUAUCUGGAAGUGGGCAUUGUCAAGUGGUCAGACUACCAGGAUCAGUACACCGAAGCUUUGGAGUGGUUAAGCAAGACCGAAGCCUUGGUGCAGUCUUAUAACAAGUUGCAGGAUAGUUUGAUCCAGAAGAAGGUUGUUCUGGAACAAUUCCAAGGACAUCUGCAAACCCUCUUCGAUUGGCAGAAGACCUUGGAUGAUCUGAACAUGAAGGCUCAGCUCCUCUUGGAGACUUGCUCCGAUACAAGGAUCAGCAACGCCAUCAUGCAGUUGACCACCAAGUACAAUGCUCUUCUGACUCUGGCCAAGGAGGUGAUGCGUCGUCUGGAGAUGCACUACCAGGAGCAUCAGCAGCAUCACAGUCUCUACGAGGAGUGUCAAUCGUGGAUUGAGAAGACCCGCGAGAAACUCGCCGAGUGUGAUCACAUACCCGGAACUCUCAACGAAGUUCAAAUCAAACUGAACACCGUGAAAAACCUUCGUCAAGGUUUCGAAACGGGACAAAACAAGCUGCGUUAUCUCUUGGAACUUAAGGAGAAGGUGAUCAUGAACACUGAACAGAACGGAGCAGCCAAGAUUCAGGAGGACACCGAGUCCCUUAAGCAGGACUUCGACAAACUCUUGGUGGAUCUCAACGAUGUUCGCCAGAAACUGGCCAAUCGACUUGCCCAGCUGGAGGAGAUCUUCAAGCUGUACAAGAUCCUGGUCGAAUGGCUGGAAGAUGUGGAGCCAAGUGUAAAGGCCAGUGAUGAGUUCCUGAAUGAUUUGAGCGAGAAGCGCGCGGCUCUGGAGAAGUUCCGCGUCAUUCAGCGCGACAUCAAUGGACACAACGAUAUUGUUGAGAAAAUCAAUCAGCGUCUGAAGGAGGACAACAGCUUGGAUCUGAACGACUUCCAACCGGGUCUGGGCAAAUUCGAUGAACUGCAGACGCAGGUGAACAAGAUCAUUGAGUCGCUGGAGAACCAGGUGAACAGCCACGAGAAAUACAAGCAGGCCUACAAUGAGCUGCAGGACUGGCUGCGUCGCACUCGCAUCGAGGUAGAGCAGUGUGCCGAUUGUCAUGGCGAGAAGGAUCAAGUGGAGAGUCGCCUGAAUCGCUUGGGAGACAUACAAUCCUCCUCCAUAGAGGGCAAAUCCCUGCUGGAAGCCUGCGAAGAACUCAGUCAGGCGGUGAUUGCCACCAGCGGAAGCGAGGGCCAGGACAAUGUGGCCCAGGAGAUCAAGCACCUCACCUCGGAGUGGGAAUCCCUCCAGGGUUUGUCCCGCGAUGCACGCAGCAGCUUGGAGGCCUGCUUGGCUGCCUGGCAGGCAUUCCUGCAGAAGUUCAACAAGAUCAACCUGUGGAUCGAUACGAUGAGCAAGCGCGUUGCCAAAUCGCAGGAAGGCGAGAACAAGACCCCCGAAGAUUUGGUUAAUGCCAAGAAACUGCUUGAGGAAGUGCUGGCCGAAAAAGAUAAUGUGGAGGAUCUGAAUGACAACUGCGAGUUGCUAAUGGAGCAGAGUGCCUGCACUCGCAUUCGAGAUCAGACCAUCGAAACUCAGGCCAACUACACUAAGCUCUUGACUUCCGCCCAGGGAUUGGUUGCCAAGAUCGAGAAGAAUCUGUCCGAUCAUACAGAGUUCCUCAACUACAAGAAGGAAAUGGAUGCUUGGAUUGAGAAGGCUCAACAGGUUCUGGAUGAUUGUUCCACGGAGGGUGAUGCCGCCAUUAUUGCCCAGAAAGUGGAUACUGUUAAUUCCUUGGCCUCUCGCCUCCCAGAAGGUCAGCAUCUGUUGGCUUUGGUGCAGGAUGCCUACUCGAAGGCCUCGAACAUCACGCCCGAAGACAAGCAAGAGAAGCUGCGAGAACUGAUGACCAAGGUCCGUGAGGACUGGGAUGCCCUGGGUCUGGCUGUCAAGCAAAAGUUGAGCGAUCUGAAGCAGGCCCAGAACCGCUGGAACGACUUCGCUGCCAACAAGGACAAACUCGAGAAGUGGCUGAACGAAACCGAGAAGACUCUCAAGGUGGCACCGGAAACCAAGGGCGAACUGAGCGAGAUGAAGACCCUGCUGGAGCGCUACAAGACCCUUUCGAAUGAGCUGAAACAGAAGGGCAACGAGCUGGAGCAGCUACAGUCGGAGGCCCGUGAUCUGGGCACCGAAGUGGAUGCAGUGAAUCGAUUGCAAUCCCGAUGCGACAAGCUCAAGAACGAUUGCUCCGCUCAUAUUGCGGCGCUCGAACAGGAGAUGUUCGACUAUAAUGCCUACCACCAGAGUCUGCAGGACGUGGAGAAGUGGCUGCUGCAGAUCUCCUUCCAGCUGAUGGCCCACAAUUCGCUGUUCAUCUCUAAUCGGGAGCAAACCCAGGAGCAGAUCAAACAGCACGAGGCCUUGUUGGGUGAGAUCCAGAAGUAUCAGACCAACUUGGAUGACCUGAAUGCCAAGGGUCAGGCGCAGAUCAAGCGCUACGAGAACUCAACUCCGGCCAUUCGUCCCACGGUUGAAUCCCAGCUGAAGAAUAUCCAGGAUAGUUACAACUCCCUACUGCAAACCUCGGUGCAGAUCAAGAACCGCCUUCUCGAGUCGCUGGCCAAGUUCCAGGAGUACGAGGACACCCUCGAUAGCAUCAUGCGUAACCUGGAGACCUACGAGCCCAUCAUCCAAACCGAACUGGAUGCCCCGGCCACGAGUCUGGAGUUGGCUCAGAACCAGUUGAGAUGUGCCCAGGAAAUGCAGAACAAGUUGAACAACGAGAAGUCUCGUUUGGCAGCUGCCGUUCAGGCCUGUGAGGCAGCCACUGCCUCCAUAAGUCGUCCAAGUUCUCCACUGGAAACCGCCAUGCAGGCCAUUCCCGAAAGGGAGCUCAUUGUGCGCGCCAAGCUCGAGGAUCUGCUGGAUCAGAAACCGCCUCCAAAGACUCAGAGCUCAACCGAAGGUGUCAACAAAGAUGAUGAUGAAGAUGCCGAUGAUGUUGAGAUCCAGGUUGAGCUCGGCGAUGUGAAUGAGGGGCUUCUGGAUCCGAUUGCCCACGAGCGUGUCAGCAACUAUCGUCGCAUAGUUCGUCUGAAUAGCGCCCAUGUGGGCAAGCUGAAUGAACUGGUUGCUAAGGUGCAAUCCCACUUGGGUGGCUUGACUGCAUCCGUUAGCGAACUGGAGCAACAGCAGAAGCAGCGCGCCGAGCUGCAGGAUUGGGUUAAGAAGCAGCAGAGCUCCGUCUCCGAUUGGAUGAUGCGUCCUUGCAAACUGCGUCCUGAGGCAGCUCAACAGGAGCUAGUGUCCAUGAAUGAUUUACUAAACUCCAUUGGAGAUAAGAGAUCGCAGUUGAUGCUGGAGAUGACAGGAUCAUUGGGCGAUGAAGACACCGAUCUGGAUGACAACAUCGACAAACUCGAAUCGGAACUCAUGGAUGCCAUUGCCAAGAAGCAGGCUGGCCAGAAUGUAAUCGAUGGCUAUCGCCAGGGUAUGGCUGAUGUCCAGAACUGGUUCGAUACCCUGAUCAAACGCAUGGAUGUUCUGGAUCGCGGAUCCGGUCUGAAUUGUGCCCAGAAAACGGCCGCCAUUAACGAGAUCAAGAACGAAUACGAGCUGCAAGGUCACCCGAAGAUCCAGGAGCUCAAGGGCAAGGCAUCGCAGGUGGCGGAGGUCAUCAGCAAUCUGGAUGGCCAGCAGGUCGAGGAGCAAAUGAAGUCGUUGGAUCGCCGUUUCGCCGAUCUCGGCAAACGCAUCGAUCGCAAGGCCCAACUGCUGGAUGUGACCAACAAGGGAGUGGAGGGAGCCAAGGGCGAGAUCGAUCAGCUCCAGAACUGGGUGAAACAGCAGAUCGAGGAGCUGCAGGCGCCCACUCCCUUGGGCUACACGCCCAAGGAUGCCGAGGCCCGCCAGCAGAAGAUCAAGAGCCUGAUGAAGGAUGCCGAGGCCAAGCAAUCCCUCGCCGAUGUUCUCGAGAAGCGCGUGGCCAACAUGCAACAGGAAUUGGAACCCGUUGAGUAUUCCCAACUGGAGUCGGCAUUGCGCAAUCUCAACACUGAGAAUCGCAAUUUAUCCGGAGUUCUCAAAGCAGAACUCGAUCGUGCUCUGGAGGCCAGCAAGGCUCGCAAAUCCCUGGAGAACGAUCUGGACAAGGCUCGCCAAUGGUUGAAGACCAAAAUCUCUGAAGUGCGCAAACUGCCAGUUUAUCAUCCACUCACCUCCGCUGAAAUCGAGAAGAAGAUCCAGGAGAACCGCAAAUACGAUGACGAUGCCAAGCAGUUCAACGACAGCGUUUUAACUGAUGUUCAGCGACAGGCUGCCAACAUCAUGAAGGAUUGCGACGAUGGCGACAAGGCUGCCCUGCAGCAGAUCCUUGAUGAAAUAGCCGCCGAUUAUCAAACUCUGAAGGAUGAGAGCAGCAAGAGAGGAAAGUCCCUGGAUGAUCUCCUUCAGGGUCGCAAGGCCUUUGAGGACUCGAUGAAGAACAUGGGCGAUUGGCUGAACGAAAUGGAAACCGCCACCGAAGGUGAACUGCGCACCACAAGUCUUCCAGUUUUGGAGGAGCAGUUGGCUCACUACAAGAAGCUCCUGGGCGAUGCCGAGAACAAGGGAGGUCUGAUCAACGAUGUUUCCGAGCAAGGAAAGAGCAUCCUGCCCACUUUGAGCAAUGCCGACAAGCUGAAGCUUAACGACGACAUCAAGAACAUGAAGGAUCGCUAUGGCAGGAUCAAGAACACCAUCGAUGAUCGCGUGAACGCCCUGGGUGACCACAUCAAGAAGUACAAGGAUGCCAAGAGCAGGUUGGCCGAGUGCAGUCAGUUCUUGGGCAACAUUCAGCAGAAGCUCAGGGAACUCAAUCGUCCCAUUGGCUCCAGGAUCGAAGAUGUCCAGGAUCUGCUGGGCGCCUACGAAGGAAUUCUCAAGGAACUUAAGGACAGCAAGAGCAAGAUGGGCGAUAUGCAAAUGGACGACUUGCCAGAGUUGCAGAGCAUCUUGGCCCAACAGGAUGACAUGAUCAAGCUGAUCGAAGAUCAGUUGGCCCAUCUGCGUCAGCUUUUGUUGCUCCGCGAGCAGUUUAUUGCCUUGAUCAACGAGAUUAUUGCCUUCAUAAUGAAGUACACUGAUGUUAUCAUUGAUAUUGAGAACUCCCCUGAUAGUUUGGAGGACAAGAUCAACAAGUACGACGAUGUCAUUGUUAAGAUCCAGGAGUGCGAGGGUGUCCUGGCCUCCGCCAAUGACAAGGGCCAGAAGAUUGCCUCCGAGGGCAAUGCUGCCGACAAGAACAGCAUCACCGAGCAACUGCAAUCCCUGAAGAAUCAGCUGCAGAACCUCCGCAAGGCUGUGGAGUCGCAGCGCCAGAAGCAUCAACUCCAACUGGAAUCCCACAAGAAGAUGGCCGCUGAACUAAGUGAAAUCCUGGAUUGGCUUCACAGCCACGAAGGAGCAGCCAAGUCACGUCCUCUUUUGGAUCGCGAUCCCGAAUCAGUCGAGCGGGAGCUGCAGAAGCACCAGGGUCUCAGCCAGGACAUUGAAUCGUAUCUCAAUAAGUUCAACAAGAUCAAUGAUGGUGUUAAAACCGAGAUUGGAAUGCCUAGUUCUCUGUUGGAAAUGCUUUCCGAGGGCAGAUCCCUGGUGGCCUCUCUGCCCCACGAACUCGAGGAGCGUGAGAAGUACCUGAAGAACAACCGCGACUCUCGUUUGGAGUACAUGCAGCUGGUGGCCAAGUUCAACGAUUGGGUUCACGAGGCUGAGUUGCGUCUGCAGAACAGCCAGCAUGGCAUCGACUACGAGCACCUGGUCCAGGAUCUCGAUGAACACAAGAUCUUCUUUGGCAACGAGGCUCCCAUCCGCAAUCUGGUGCACAAGCAGAUCCAGGAGGCCGCCGACAAGAUCUGGUCUUCGUUGAACAACUACGAACAGUCGGAACUUUCCGCGGAAUUGGCUCAGUUCCAAACCAAAUUGACCAAUACUCUGGCCAAUGCCAAAACCCAGCAGAGUGAGUUGGAGAAGGAGGCGGAGCGCUGGAGGGAAUACCAACAGUCCAUCGAUAGGGUCAAGGCGACCAUCGAACGCACCAAGUUCAGCGAUGAGCCUGUCCAGAAUUUGGCCGGACUUCACUUCAACAUCCAGAAGCUGACCCACGCCAUCGGAAAUGUCCAGAGUCAAAAUAGCGACCUAACGCUAGUAAAUCAGCAGGCCCAAUCGCUGAUCCGUCAGGCCGACGCCCGAAACCGCCAGCUGAUCGAGCAGGAUAACGCCGGAUUGAAUAGAUCGUGGCAGGAUCUGGUCCGCAGUUUGGAGCAGCGACGCGACAACCUGCAACAGUUGGCCGAGCAUUGGGACGGGUUCGAGAACAGCCUGCACGCCUGGGAAAAGGCACUUGGUCGAUUGGAGGACAAGUUCCGCAAUGUCGAUCCGACUGUAAGAUCCCGACGUCAUUUGGAAGAUACGAAGAAUGCCAUUCAGGAAUUACGUGAAGAAUCAAAUCAACUUAAAUCAUCACAUAAAGAAAUCGAGGCGCUCUCUAAAUCCAUCCUCACAUUCCUUGGGGAAGUACACAAACCCUCGGCGGAGGCCAUACAGGCCAAAGUGGAUAAGUUAGUCGACCAGCAGGCCAAAUUGAACGACACGCUGCGCGAUAAGGAGCAACAGGUUAGCAAGGAUCUCGAGGAGAUCGAGCAAGUCUUCCGUCGCAUCUCGCAGCUGCAGGACAAGCUAAACGCGCUCCACGAUCAACUGCAAUCGGUUCACGUCUACGACGAGCACAUCUCCCAAACGGAACAGCUCCUGAUCACCUUAAACAGCCAAGUGCAACAGGCGGCCGAGGAGAGCAAAUCGCUGGUGGCCCAGACGACGGCCCACUACCAGGCCAAACAGAAUCAGCUGCCCAGCGACAUUGCCCAGGAGUUCACCGCUCUCGAGCUACUGGCCGAACGUGUACAGGUGACGAUGGAGACCAAAGAGAAGGAUUUCAAGCGGGCCAAGACCGUGCGCACCGAGUAUGUGGCCGGUGUGGAUGAGAUCCAGCGCUGGCUGCUCCAGGCCGAGGUGCAAGUGCAGGAGCGCAGCCUGACGCCCACGCAGAUGAAGGAGCUGCUGCAGCGCAUCAACCACGAGAUCACCGCCAUCUACGAACGCUUCACCCUGGUCAAGACUAACGGCCAGCUGAUCAUCGAGAACUGUCGCAACAGCGAGGAGAAGACGCUGGUGCAGACCACCAUCGAUCAGUUAGCCGCCUCGCUGGCCCAAGUCCGCGGCUGGCUGGACGAGAAGAAGCAGGCGGUCGGGGAUAGUCUGGACGCGUGGACGAGGUUCAUGAACCUCUACCAGAUCGUGAUGUCGUGGGCCGCCGAGAAGCGCACCUUCAUCGACCAGACGAUCGAGCUGCGCACUCUGCCCGAGGCACGCAACAAACUGAACGACUAUGUGACGGCUGUGAAGAGUAUUAAACCGAUUGUUAAGCAUCUGAGCGAAAUGGACAAGGAACUGGAGCACAUCGGCCAGGUGACGACUGUGGGCGAUCUCAAGGACAAACUGCAGGAGGCCGAGGAUGCGAAGAUAUCCGUGGAAGCGGUGCUGCUAGAGAGGAACUCCCUGCUGCAAGAGGCCUGCGAGGAAUGGGACCAAUGUGAACGCAAGAUCAAGGAUAUACGCUCCUGGCACGAGAAGACGAAGCAGAGUUUGGACUCCGCGCAGCAGCAGAAGAAGCCGCUGCGCGAUCAGCUGGGCUUCUGCGAGAAGACCCUGGCCGAUAUCAAUGUGCAGAAGACGAAGCUGCGUCUGUCCAUCGAGAAACUGGAGGUUCAUUUCCGCAACGGCAUGGGCGGUGAUCCGCGCCUGAGCGAGAAUGUCGAUGAACUGGUGCGCGUGCUCGAUGGUUUGGGCGAGUUGGUCAAGGCCAAGUCGCAGAGCCUCGAGCAGACGCUGGCCCAGAUCGACGUGUACCAGCAGCAGAUGCAGACCCUGCGCCAGCGCAUCAUCCAGGAGGAGCAGCAGCUCCGCCUGGUGAUGGCGCCCACGUACUUGCCGCACGAUCGCGAGCGCGCAUUAGCCGAGCAACAGGAACUAAUUACGCAAGAACUCGACGAACUGCUCCAAUCGCUCUCGAGCGUCGAGGAUGGCAUCGCAAAUAUGAACCAGAGCAGCCUGGAGGGCAUGCUAAAUGGACUGAAGCUAAUCCAAAGCAAUCUCGAAGUACACGAAAGGGACGCCAUCGAUUUGAAGGCCCAGGCAAAGAAACUGCCCACGGAUCCGGCGACCGAACGUUUGCUCAACGAUACCGUGGAUCGCAUUGAUUUGCUACUCCGCCGUACUCAGCAAGGCAUCACCAUGAUAGCGAAUGCUAUGCAUGGCCAGAAGAAGCGGCAGCAGGAGAUCGACGAGUACCAGCAGCAUCUGCUGGAACUGGAGCGCUGGAUCAUCGAGGUUUCCGCCGAGCUGGCUUCCUUUGAGCCCACCUCGGAGAGCAGCACCGAUGAGCAAGUGCUCAAGUCGCAGGUGGAGAGGAGCCAGCAGUUGCUGCGUACGCUCAAGGAUCGCCAGCAGUCCAUGGAGGAUCUGGUGGAGCAGACGCGCCAGCUGCAGUCCCACUCCGAUGUGGCUCCCCUGGCCGACACGCUGAUGGAGCAGCUGCAGAGCAUCAUAACCAUUCUGCGGGAACAGGUAACCGUGGCUACCAAGCGCAUCUUCACCAUCGAGAAGCGCAUUGUGGACUUGCGGAAGUCCAAGAGCGAGGAGGCGCAACGCCAACGUGUUCUGGCCGACUCCUUAAUCAAGCCCCCAACAGAAAUUCCAGCCAGUCCAGAGGCCCACGAGUCCAUCGAGUCCAAUGAGAACACCAUCGACUCGAGUUCCAUGCCCGAGGAGGAGAUCAAGCCAACUGGAGUUUAUGUGGAGACACAGACUUCGCUGAGCCUGCAACAGCCGCCGGUUCAAGUGGUUACCACCACGACUGUGGAGGCGCAGACCAGUUUCCAGGAGCCGGCUGUUGAGACCGCCGAGGUGGCGCUGCAAACACAGAAGGAGCGUUCACCCACCGAGAACAUCAUGGUCACCCAGACGGUGCAGCACGGCCAGGAGACCAUCCAGAUCGACACUACUCGCAACAAGGAUGUGCCCGACGAGCCCGAGGAUGUGCAGAUCGAGGCUCGCUAUCACCAACGCCCUCAGGGCGAUGUGGACCGCGCCACCGAACUGAUCCUGAAGAAUGUCCCCCAGGCAUUCGAAACCACUUUCGUGGAGCCCGAUGAGACGACCACCGAAGUGAUUGUGGGUCCCGAUGGCACCAAGCACAUUGUGCUCAAGAAAGUCACCCGAACGCGGCAGCAGAUUGUGCAACAGCAGCAGAUCAGCUCGAUUGAGACGAUCAGCGACUCGGACGGGAACAUUGAGGUGCACUCCACGGGUCAGAUAAACCUGGAGAAUGUCCACACCACGGACACCAAGGCCGAUCCGCAAGAGGGCAGUGUCCACACUGUGAUUACGCAGCAAACGCGUGGAGCAGUCGUGGAUUCGUCACAGCCCGAGGGUGUCAUCCUCCAGGAGUUCGAAACCGAGCCGACCAUUGAGACGUACGAAGAGGUGAUUGCCCCUGGAUCAACCCAGGCGCAACUGAUUCCCUCGCAGCCCGGCGACGUGCAGACCCAGGGAACCAUUCGAGCUGUAGUCCAGCAGGUGACCCGGAAAGUGAUCCGAAAGACGCGAAAGAUUAUUAAGCGCGUGGUGAUCAUCGAUGGAAAGGAACACAUCACCGAGGAGGUGGUCGAGGAACCCGAGGAGGUGGAGAUCACCGAGGAGGAGACCGCCCCGCACAUCAAUGUGAACAUUGUGCGAACCGUCGAUGGCAAGGUGGUUAGCGAGGAGGAGUUCCAGCGAUUGAUGCAGGAGCCCGGCGUGGUCAUCGAAGAAGUUGCCACGGAUCUGUGCAAGCCAACAGCAGCAGCAGAACCGCAGCAACAGGUAUUUGAUAUUGAGUCUAAUCAAGUCACCACCACCACAAGAACAGCAACAACAACAGCAACCACACAAGAACAAGAACAGCCAGAACAACAGACACAACAACCAACAACAGAAACGACUAAAGAAGCACCUGUAGAGUUGCCGGCACCUCAAGUAGAUGUUGAACAACCCGUAGAAGUUGCCACUACCAGUCCCGUUCAUGUUCCAACAGCAGCGGAUGUAGCUGAACCCAAAGACUCCCCAGCUCCAGCUCCAGUUUCCCCAGAAAUUGUAGAUGUUCAACCGGUGGUUGAAGACAUCAACGAGAUUUGGCCACUGGAACACCACCUGAAACCCACCAACAUUGACUUCUCCCAGCACGUCGAAGAAUUGGCACUACCAGCAACAACAACCGUAGUCGAAACUGAAGCCUCCAUGCCAGUUGAGGAGAUUUGGCCAACCAGCCCAGAAACCGGAAACUCUUUGACCCUGGAGCACUACGAAUUCGAGCCACAAUCACCUCGAGAAGAGAGCACAAAAUCUGAGGAAGCAAAGCCACAAGAGACUGAACCGGAAUCUGUUGCUGAAGUCCAGCCGGAGCCCAUUAAACCCGGAAGUAUUACCAUCACCAAGACUACAACCACCAUUACAAGUCCUACGGAAUUGGAAAAGGUUAUUCAGGACUUGCCUGCCGAAGAAGCACAGCCACCAGUAUCUAAGACCAAGACUGACAUUCAGAGCUUCCUGGAAGCCGAACAGACUUUGGCCACAGCUUUGAAGGAACAAUCUUCCACGCCGACUGAAACUUCAGUUGUUGAAGUUGUGCAAUCCCAACCUGCGGAAAUUGUACUUGAAGAGAGUAAGGAACCUGUGACUGUAGAGAUUACAACCAUUAAGACUGAGGAACAGAAACCAGUGCCAGUAGAGGAAGCAAAGCCUGAAGAGCCGAAACCAGCGGAAGUGACUGCCCUUGAGAUCGUUGAGAAGACUGAAGAGAUUGAAGAACAACCAGCUCCAGUUCAAAUUGAUCUGCGUGCUGCCACGCAACUCUUCAUCACUGGAGAGGCUGCGGCUGCAACGGCUCCACAGAAAACCUUCCAGAUCACCGCUCCCUCGCUGGAGGACAACGGCGCUGGCGUGCUGAAGGUUGUCUUGGGCAAGGAAGCCACCACCGCGGACGAUUCCACGGCGGCUCCAACCACCGGCAAGGUGAGCAUGACCAUCAUCGAGACCGCCGCUGCUCCUGUCGCCGACGCCAAGCGGCGUCGAAAGAAAAAGAAGAGAAGAGACACGAAGCACGAGGAGGAGCUCGAACAAGAACAAGAAACUGAGCCGGAGGCGGUGGUCGUGAAAGAACCUGAAGUAGAAUCAGAUCUGCCCGUUUCUCCGGUGGAUUCACCACGCGAUACUGUCCGCCAUGAGUCCAUUGUUGAGAUCAGUCCCGAUAGCGAUCUGUCCAGCAUUGAGAUCGACUCGAAGGUCAAGGUGGUGGAAGAUGCCGUCGUCUCCUCGCCCUCGGAAUCGCCAAGAACACCAAUGGUUGAACUGGUCAUACCCACGGAGGUUGUGGAGUUAGCUUUGGUGGAGGAUGAGGAGCAGCAGACCACUCCGCGUGUUCCCUCUCCAGUAGAAAAAACCGAAGUUGAACUGGAUAUUAAGUCCGUGCAGACUUCUCCACAGCAUCAACCCAAAUUGGAUGAGACCGCAGUGCAGACGAGCUUGGAAGUGCAACCAGAUAACCAGGAGAACGAGUCGCAAACUUUGGUUGUUGAGAUUACGGAGACUGAAGCACAAACUACUCCCCGAAGCGAAGAGCAACCGGCGGCAGUGGAAAUCACAACCACCGAGAUCCAAACGGAUGUUAGUGGUCAGCCAGCAGAAACUGUGGAGAUUUCCAGCCAAACCACUGUGACCACCACAAUAGAAAAGGAGCUGCAGACCACGCCAAAGGAUUCGCCUCGUGCGCCAGAACCAGGCAGCAGUGAUGUGGUGGAGUCUCUGGUCCAGGAUUUGGUCAAAGACAUGACCACCGAUCUGCCAGUGCGAACCAGCGAGCAAUCCACCGUGACUGAAACCACCACAACCACCGAGACCCAUGUACAAACGAAUACUCCGGAGCCAAGUGAACAAAUUGAAUUGGUCAAACCGGAGACUGUUCAUGAGGAGACUUCAACGGUGGAACUUGUGCAGGUCGCCGAUGGUGAAAUGCAGACCACUCCUCGUGGAGAUCAGGAACCUGCUUCCCUGGAUGACAAUUCCCUGACAGCCACUUCAAUAUCCGUUUCGGAACCCUACGAACUGGAGGUCAAGACCACGGUAGCCAUUCCCGCUGAUUCCGAUACUUCGGCGGCCGAGCCAACGGUUUAUGAGUACACUCAGACCAUGCAGCUGCCCAAACAGGACAAGAAGUCCAAGAAGGACAAGAAAAAGAAGGGAAAGAAGGAGCCCGAAGUGGAGGAGCCACAGCAGCUGCCAGAGGAGCCGCAGAUCAGUGUGACAGUUGAAAUCGCACCCGAGUUGCUCUCCGAAUCGGGUAUUGUGGUGUCCACCAACCAGCAGAUUGAAGAAGUGCCGCAUGUAACACCAGUUGAGGAGACUCCCAUCGAAGCUGAAGAACCCAAAGCCCAGAGAGUGCAACUCCAGAUCACCAAGACCACCGUCUACGAUGAGUAUCCCGAUCUGCCGGUUCACAUAACCGAGCAGAACAAGGUGCUCAUUGCCUCCCAGCAGAGCAAGAGAUCCGGAGCAGGACCCACUUCCGCGGCGGUGACCAUCGAAGAGGUGGCCUCGCCCACGGAGGAGCUGGUGGUGCCCAUCACCCCGGGACCGGAUAACCUGACCAACGAACCCAGCAACAUUUGGUUCAGUGCCACCACGAGUGUGGACAAGACACCCAUUGAACUCUCGCAGGCUUUGAUUAUGAGCGAGAGCUUGCAACAUUAUCCAGGACAACAGCCACAAAGCCAGCAGCCCAUCUUGGUUUCCACCAAGGAAGCCAUCGGAGAUCGCAUCAAGCACCUCAAGCAGGCAUCUCCCCAGCAGGCAACUCCGCUGAGCAAUGUGCUCCACUUGGCCACUUUAUCCGAGCAGAUCAAGGAUGUGCCCACGGAGCAGCGCGUUUUGGAGGUGAACGAGGGUCUCCAGGAUCUCGAUGCUGCCAUCAAGAAGGGAGACAAGACGGUGAUUCAAACCACAGUCAUCACGGUCAUUGAGAAGGUGUCCACUUGGCUGGAAACCAUCGAGUAUCGCGUGUACCUCAUCCGACAGAAUUCCAAUGAAGGACCCUCCGAGGAGAAGCUGGAUAACUACAACCAACUCAACGAGGAACUCAGCACCAUCAAGCAAAAUGUUGGCCAACUGGAGCGACAGUUGUCGAAGGCAGAACCGGAACUACUGCAGUGCGUGGAUUCCCUCAAAGAGCACGUGGAUGCAGUGGAGCAGGUGACUCAGCAGAACCAGCUGCAGGAUAGCAACGACCUGGACAAGUGGCACAGCUUCGAGGUGCUGCUGUACAACGUCUCCACCUAUUUGGCCGAGCUGCAGCAGAGCUACGAUCUUCUGGUCAACCAGGAGUACCCGCUGUCCGCCAAACUCGCCCAGUUGGAUGAACUGGAGCAGCAACACGAGGCGACGCAGCUGCAACUGGCGCAGCUCUGUCAGAAUGCCCGCGCCUUCCAGCGAGAUUUCCCCGGCAAGAAGAUGCCGCAGGACGUGCACAAUGCCUUCGAAACGAGCAGGAAUAUUGGCAACAACAUUCAGGCUGAAAGAGAGCGAGUCCUGCAACUGCAAUCCCUGGCGGAGGAGUACGAGCAGACGCUCAAGGAGUUCACCAAGAUCACCGUUCUGGCCGACAAACUAGUUGAGAGCCCCAUCGUCUCCAGUUCGCUGGAGCAGCUGAACAACGAGGUGCAGAAGCAGCGGAAGUUCUUUGUGAAUCUCAGCCAUUGCCGCGCCAUGUUGGAAUCCCUCGAGGAGAACAUCGACAGUGAGACGCGCGAGAAGCACUCCGAGUUGCACAAGGAGCUCUACAACAGGGCAACCAGUUUGCUGGACAAAGCCUCGGAAAGAUCAUCCAAGUUGGUACAAGCUGCCUCCCGUUGGACUGUUUUGGAGAAGGGAAUGCGAGACGAACUGCAGUGGUUGCAGGUGGCUCAGCAGAGGGUGCCCGACUUAUCAGCAGUUACCUCGGCUGACUACGAUCAGUAUACCACACUCUACCAAUCCCUGAGCAACGACAUCUCCCAUCACUACGUGAAGAUGACGCAGCUCUCGGGAAUCGCCAACAAGUUGCAACUCCUGGUGCAGGCCCCCAAUCUUGUCGAGGAAACCAACGAGGCUUUGAUUGUGCUGCUGAAACUCCGCGAGGAGGUGGCUUUGUACCUGCAUCGCCUGCUGGUCUUCAAGGAGAUCUGGGUGCAGUACGAACAGCAAACGGACAAGCUGGAGGCCUUUGUGCGCGAGGCGGAGCAGGAACUGCGACACAUUCAGAUCCCAUCGCAGCCGACUGAGCAGCCCAUCGAGCACAUGCGCCAAUUCUGGGAGAUCAAGGCCCGCUUCGAGCUGCACAACAAUGUGCGAACCGAAACUGGUCUGAGCUUCGAGAAAUCCCUGCAGGUUAUCCCGCUGGCCGACGAGAUGCUCCAACGGCAGUUCCAUGCCCAACUGGAGGAUCGCUGGCAGGCCGUUUCCCAAGCCAUCGAGCUCAUCCAGCACAACAUUGUGGAGUGCCUGUCCUCGGAGGACGUGCCCGCCGAUGAGAAGCUCAAGAUGGUGGAGCGGGAGCUGCAGGAGAUCUACCUGACCAUGACCAGCAUGAAGGGCGUGAUCAAGAACGAGGAGGAGCUCUGCCUGUACAUCGAGAGAGUGCAAGUGCUCCGCACCCGCGUGGGCUUCAUUGGCAACGAGCUGGGCAGGAUUGGCCUGCAGGAGCCCGCCAUCGAGCCGGAAAAAGUGGGAGAACUCUUCGCCCUCUCCCACAAGAUCAGCACCCAGAUCGCCGAGGAGCUGGAAGGUGCCUCCGUGCUGCGAGACCAACUGCAGGCCAUUCAGGAGGGAAUCAGCAACCAGCGAAAACACCAGGCCAAGAUCUCGGUCAUCCUGGACGAGUGCGAGGCAGCCGAGCGCCAAGGAGCGGCUGUACUCGAAAAAGCCGUGGCCGAUUGCCAGGGAGCCGGCGAGGAGCUGGUGACCAGCUGGCAGGAGAUCAUGCGAAUCCGUCAGAUGCUGCACACGCUUCCCAUGCGACUCAAAAUGUCCGUUUCGCCGGUUAAACUGGAGCGGGACAUCUCGCAGCUGCAGGACGAUCACGCCUUCCUCGAGAGCAAGUGCACCAAUAUCAUGGCCAUCCUGCGGAAUCGUCUGGCCGUCUGGCUGCGCUACGAACGCCAGUUGGAGUUGGUCCACGGAUCCGUGCAGGAAACCGACUUCAUGAUGGAACUCAUCCGGGUGCACGGCCAAGUGGACUACGAGCGCCUUCGCAAGGCCACCGAACGAUUAGAGGGACUCGCUGGCGAUCUACACAACCGCGAGCAACUGAUCGACGAGCUGAAGGGAGCCGCCAAGCCGCUGAUCGAGAGCUGUGAUGUCCAAAUUGUCGAGCAGAUCGAGUCGGCCGUCCAGGAGGCGGUAAUCGCCUGGAAUGACACCAGCGAGAAUCUGCAGCAGCUGCGAACCCGCUACCAACGAGCCGUCGAGCUGUGGGACAAGUACAGGAACGCCUCAGCGGCCGUCAAAAGCUCCAUUGAGCAGCAGAUGGAUACGGUGAAGUCCCUGGAGCAGCCGCUGGAUGCCCUGCAACAUGCCAAGGUAUGCCAAGACAACCUGACGACCCAGAAUGACAGAAUCUUGGAGCUGCGCGACAUUGUGGCCAAGAUCGCCGCCGACGUGGGCCUGGAUGCCUCGGCCCUCAUGCAAGGCGAACUGGAUGCACUGGGUCAAAGGUUGGCGGAGUGCAAGGAUGCCAUCACCACGCUGGCAAACGUGGCCGAAACGCAGGACAAGGAGCGCAAGGAGCUCGACAAGGAGGUGACACUGGCCAAGGCUUACUUCAACAAUGUUCAGCAGGACAUUUCCCGCGAACCGCCACAAAAUCCGAAGGAAAGCGAGGAGCAGCUGGCCGCUUUGCGUGCCCAUCUCCAAACUUUGGCCCGAACGGAGGAGCAACUGCGUCAGCUGAAGGAACGCCACCAGAACAAUGAAGUGGCACCUUCAGUCAGCGGAGGAGAUGAUGACGGAGUCCUUGAGGUUUUGGCCCUGUGGCAGAAGAUAUUCCAGGACACCUUCCAGGAGUACCACCGCCUGUCCACGCGACUCGCCCGCAGCCAAAACAGUUCGGAGGCGCUGAGAUUGUGGAGACAGUACCUGCAGCACGUGCAGUCCUUCCUGUCUUGCGCCAUUCCCGAGGACUACAGCAGCCUGAGGGAGCAGCAGCAGUUGUGUGCCAUUCACCAGAACCUUCUGGUUUCGCAGCAGAGUGUCCUCUCCGAGACGCCACUCGAAUCGGAGCUAUCCGAGCAGUACAAGGCGCUGACCAACCUGCACAACGAGACCCUCUCGAGGAUCAUGCAGCGCAAUGGCGAACUGGAGCGGCGGGUGAGUGGAUGGAACGCCUAUCGCCAGCAGUUGGCCGCCCUUUUGGACUGGCUGCGUCAGCGGGAGGCGGAGCGGAAUGCCCUCCAGCUGCGCUACAUCCACCUGAAGCGAGUGCCGCACCUGAAGCACCGACUGGACGCCAUGAUUAAUCAGUUAGAUCAGGGCGAGCAGCAGAGCAAGGCCUUGCAGGAGCAGCAGCAGGAGUUGUCCCGCCACUGCGACGAUGCUUUGGCCACCGCCAUGCGAAUGGAGCAGGCCAGCAUUGGCCAGAGGAUCAGCAACCUGCGGGCAGCCCUCAAAACCUGGCAAGGAUUCCUGCAGCGCGUCACCCAGCUAUCGGAGACCUACGAACAGCGAGUGCACCAGUUGCAGCAGGAGUUCGGAGCAGCGCAGAAGCUCCUCGAUGAGAACACCGAAUCCCUGCCCACGCAACCCGCCGAGAUCGAGAGUCUCCUGGGAGCACUGCGCUCGCAGCGGGUGCAACUGGGCGCCCAGAUUCCGGCGCUGGAGAGCCUCACUGUCACCCAGGAGGAGCUCAAGGAGUGCAUCUCGCCGCACGACAUGAAGACCAUUCGCCAGCGCAACUGGCUGUUGUGGCAGCAACAUGCCGACCUGGACUACCAGCUGGCCAACCUGAUCAACUCGAUCGAGGAGCGGCUCUCCCUGCUGUCCAACUACCAGAUCCGCUACGAUCGCAUCUCCCAGUGGCUGCAGCGAUUGGAGCAGCGCGUCGAGAAGGACGCCGAUGUGGCGGCCAUGACGAAUCCCGAGCAGGCGGCCAAGCAGCUGGAGCAGCAGAUCAACUCGGAGCUUCAGCUGCGGGACAAGGAACGCGAGUGGCUGCUCUCCACCAGCAGGGAACUGCUCACCCUCUACUCCGAGCCAGAGGUUCGAUCGCAGGUGCAGCAGCAGAGCGAUGCUCUCAUCGAUCGCUGGCAGCGACUCAAGUACCUGUGCAAGCAGAAGGCCACCAAGAUCGGGGAGCUCAAGAUGACACUGCUCCGCCUGGAGGAGCGCAUCGCCCUGAUCCGCGCCUGGCUGUUCGAGGUGGAGUCCCAGCUGGACAAACCCCUCAACUUCGAGAGCUACACACCCAACGUGAUCGAGGCCAAGCUGAAGGAGCACGAGCAGAUCCAGCGCUCCAUCGAGCACCACAGCAGCAAUGUGGGCGAGGUCCUCAAUCUCGUGGAGAUGCUCCUCAACGAUGCGGACAGCUGGCGAACGCAGGUGAACACCUCUGGGCUGGCUGCCUCCGCCCAAAAUCUGGAGCAGCGCUGGAAGAACGUGUGCAGCCAGUCGGCGGAGCGCAAGGUCCGCAUCCUCUCCACCUGGAAUCUCCUCCAGCAGCUGAUCAAGCUGACGGCCGAGCACAAGAACUGGCUGGGCAAGCAGGAGAGCCAGAUCACUGGCUUCGAGCGGGACCAGAAGUCCCACGGCAAGCUGAAGCUGGAGGAGCGCCAGAAGGAGCUGAGGGCCAAGCUGGAGGAGCUGGAGAGCCAGUCGCUGAAUCUGCGCCAGCUGGAGCAGAUCUACGCAAAGCUGACAAUGAGUGCUGGAGUGGAACCAGAAAACAUCCAGAAGCUAACACUUCCCACGAAGGUGAUGGUGAGCAUGUGGCGCCAGCUGACGCCACGUUGUCACGCUCUGCUGGAUGCCAUCGACAAGGACGCCAAGCUCAUGCGGGAGUUCAACAACGCCCAGCUGGAGGCCACCAACUCGCUGAAUGCCAUUCAGAAGGCCCUGGAACAGCUGCCCAGUGCGGAGGAUCAGCAGAGCUCGAAGGCGGAGCCCAAGGCGGUGCUCCAGCGACUGGAGAGUCUGGAGAAGAAGCUGCAGGACGCCCAGCAGCAUGUCCAGCAGGCGGACACCUUGGCCCAGGAGGCCAAGACCAGGACCAAGCAGCAGCCGCAACUAAAGCAGCUCCUGGAACUGGUGACCGCCUACACGACCCUCUGGCAAACGGUCCAAACCCGCAUCGUGACCCUCAAAACCAGUUGGCUAACCAGAGCAGCUCAAGCUGCUGCCGCCUUGCCUGUAAAUGAAGCCGCCAACGCCGCCGUCCAGGUGAACACCCUGUCGCAGAGGAAGCUCCGUCAGGCGCAACAGAUGCAAAGGGUGACCUCCAUCACCGCCAAGGAUGCCUACAUCAUGGAACUCCAAACGGCCAUUGCCGAGUGCCAGAACAAUCUGGACGAGCUGCAGCGCACCGUGGUGGACAAGACCCGCAAGCCGGGUCCCCAGAAGAUCGCCAAGCUGCUGGGCAACGCCCAGUCCUCCACCGAGCUGGUGAAGCAUCUCAGCCAGCUGCUGCUCACCGAGUGCCAGGCGGACAGCCAGGCUGCCCAGGUGGAAGCCGUCGCAGAGCUCACGUUGCGCUUCGAUACCCUGCAGUCGCAGUGGAAGGCGCGACAGCAGCACGAUCAAAAUGCAAGCGAGGUCGGCCGGCUAACGUGUCCGCUCUGCACACAGCGAAACUGGCAGCAGAUCGACAACGAUCUGUGGCGCUUGGAGCAGUGGCUCCAGUUCGCCGAGAGCACCCAGAAGGCCCAAUCGACUCCCCCAUCGAACAUCGAGCUCCUCGAGGACGUCACGCAGGAUCAUCGCGAGUUCCUCUUGGAUCUGGAGAGCCACAAGUCGAUCAUCUCGUCCCUGAAUGUGGUGGGUGACCACUUGGCCACUCACACUCUGGACACCGAGAAGGCGAGGCAGUUGCGAUCUCGUUUAGAAGCGGACAACGAGCGGUGGAACAACGUGUGCAUCAAUGCCACCAAAUGGCAGGGUCUGCUGCAGACCGCCCUGAUGGGCAACAGCGAGUUCCAUCAGACCAUCGACGAGUUGGUCGACUGGCUGCAGCGCACGGAGCAGAACAUCAAGGCUUCCGAGCCUGUGGAUCUCACCGAGGAGCGCUCCGUUCUGGAGGCCAAGUUCAAGAAGUUCAAGGACCUGCGAGCGGAGCUGGAAAGAUGCGAACCGCGCGUGGUCAGCCUGCAGGAUGCCGCCGAUCAGCUGCUCCGCUCGGUCGAGGGAUCCGAGGAGCAGUCCCAGCACACCUACGAAAGAACCCUUUCCAGAUUGACCGAUCUCCGGCUGCGUCUGCAAUCCCUGCGCCGUCUAUCCGGGAUCUACAUUGUGAAACUGGGAGCCGUUCUCGGUUACGAGGGCGACAAUCUUGGCGUGCCACUCCAUAUGCUGUCUAGUGAGCUUUUGGAUAAUACUACAUUAUCAACCUCUUCUAUGCAGGCCGCCGCACCCAACACAGAAAAUGCAAACAUCAUCGAUGGCGAUGCUGUCGAUGGCGAUGUCAUCAAUACCACGGUUCUGGCGCGCGGUGCUCGAUUCCUCGGGCGCGUUGCACGUGCCUCGCUGCCCAUUCAGGCGCUCAUGCUGCUGCUUUUAGGUGUGGCCACUCUGGUGCCCCACGGUGAGGACUACACCUGUAUGUUCUCGAACACCUUUGCCCGCAGCCUCGAGCCCAUGUUGUCGUAUCCCCACGGACCGCCGCCAACGUAAAGCUGUUGAGUUGCCAUUGGAUUAGUAGUGCAAUCAAAUGAUCAAAAACUAAAGCAAAAACAAUAACAGAAAACAAAAACCCAACUAUAAUAAUAACCCAAAAAUGACACAGUAUAAAGAUGCCUUUUGUAAGCUAAAUUCCUGUAAGAAAUAUUCAAAAAAGUUAAGUGAAUGGAAAAUUUGUACAUUUGUGUAGUGUAUCACAUUUUGUAAUUGUAUGUAAUUUUAUAGCGAUUCGAUAGCUAGAGGCAUUAAUAAAACAACCAAUUUGUAUAUAACCUACUGAACAGACUCGACAAGCCGAACAUGAAACACAUGAAACACAUGAAAGAAUUGAUGAAAAGAAUGAACUAACUAUUCAAACUAACGACAAGUAACGAAAACCUUUUGUAAAACGAUAUAUACAUUAUACAUAUAUAUUUGCACAGCAAACAAUUUAUAUAUUCAUAUAUACCCACGUAUAUGAUCCCAAGAAAUCUAUAAAAAAAACCCCAACAUUUUGUAUAUAAAAAGAAAAAACUAAGCUAAAACGAAAUCAAAAUACGCACACGAAAAUUUUACUCAUCAACGCACGUUUUUCGGUUAGAGAGAUCGAUUGAAGCAGGGAAUUGUGAUCAGGAUAUUGCAAAUUUCGUGGAACAUUUUUGCAAAAGCUGAUCACAAAUCCUGCUGCAAUCGAUGAGCUUGAGAUGUGGACGAAACCCAAGACAAAUCAUGACCCACAUAGACCAAUCGCUUGGAGAACUAAUUGUCAACCCAUGUUCUUUGCUUUCUGCGCGUCUUUCUCCCAAAUUCAAGGCGAUGCAUUUAGCAAAUAGCAUUGGCUGCCAUUUAGACUCUGGCCCCAAAAGCCUCCUUGCCGAAGGAUAAUUCUAUUCAUGGCCAAGUUCUCUCCCAGUGCCAUUGGAUAGAAGAGGUCAAAGUGCACCAGCCACAGGGCACCGAACUCAACUCCAAUCCUUAAACUUCAACAUGGCAACGGAGGCUAGACAUUUCAAAGCAUUCCUGAUACUCAUUUCCAAAUUACCCAUAGACAUUUCCCUUCUCAGCCUCCUCUCAACAAAAAAUGGUAAACGUGCGUGCCACGAGCAUUGAACAAAACGAAGCAAGUGUCCUAUGCCGGUGCUAAACCAACCAACAAAUUUUCUAUAUAAAGAAAAAUGUAAAAUGCGUAUACAAAAUGAAAUUAAAUUCAUAAAACAAAAGAAUAACUCUUUGGAAAAAAAAUCGUAAAAAUGCAAUUCGCAUAAUAUAGACAAGUGACGUAAGUCCAUCCAGUAAAAAAGUAACCUAUUUUGUUGUUAAUAUUUUUUGAUAAACCUAAUUCUAUUUGCCUUAUACUUAUCCAACUUGUUUAUUACAACUAUUUUUUAUUAUUUAAAGCUUGAGCAAUUAUUGAGAAAAUACAUACAUUUAUUUAUUAGACCUAUGCGAUUUAUUAUGUAUUUAAUUAAGUUUGAUUUAAAUGUUAAAUUUGUGUACUUUGCUGCUUCAAUCUGGUUAUAAAACAAUGAGCCGUUAUCAAGUUAAUAUAAUUUAUGUAGCAUUUUAAGAUUUCCUUUCUUGUGAACAACUGUACCUUUAUAUGCAUUAUGAUUAUUAAACAAAAAUAUAAAAAUAA